AUGUCUUCCAACCCGGAAAUUGAUGUCCUAGUAAUCGGCAGCGGCAAUGCGGGCCUCUGUUCCGCGAUCUCAGCAGCCGAAUCUGGAGCAGGUCGAGUCCUUCUUAUCGACUCCUGCCCCGAGCACUGGGCAGGAGGAAACUCCUACUUUACAGCUGGAGCUUUCAGAACUGUCCAUGCCGGCCUAACUGACAUCCUUCCGCUCGUGGACAAUGUCGACCAGGAGAAAGCAUCUAAAACCGACGUUGAGCCGUACACACCGGCAGAUUUCUUGGGUGACAUUACGCGGAUUUGUGUCGGACGGUCAGAUCCCCAUCUCUCAAAAACGCUUGUGGGGGAUAGCAACGAUGCGGUCAAGUGGCUAGCAGAGCAUGGAGUGCGCUUCCAGUUGAGUUUUAAUCGCCAGGCGUACGAGAUUGAUGGGCGGUUCAGAUUCUGGGGCGGGAUGUGUUUGAAGACGCAGAAUGGGGGGAAGGGUCUAAUUGAGGAUGAACGACACGCGGCCGAGAAGCUAGGCGUUGAAAUUUUGUUCAACACAGCAGCGAAACGGCUUAUUCUUGAUCCCUCUACUGGUGGUAUCCGCUCUGUGAUUGUGCAAAAUACUUCUACCUCUAUAUCUUCUGGCUCCACUCCUGGAUUGGAGCUCGGCGAACGAGAAAUCUUUACCAAAUCUGUCAUCCUCGCCGCUGGCGGCUUCGAAGCGAACCCCCGGAUGAGGGCACAGUUUCUCGGUCCCGGCUGGGAUUUUGCACAUGUCCGCGGCACACCGUACAACAACGGCGUAUGUCUCGAGAUGGCCAUCCGCGAUGCAUCCGCAAAGCAAGCGGGGAAUUGGUCCGGGUGUCACUCUGUCGCAUGGGAUGCGAAUGCACCAGCUGACUCCGGGGACCGGGAAAUCUCGAACGAAUUUACGAAAUCGGGGUAUCCGUUGGGACUUAUGAUUAAUGCCGAGGGAAAGCGAUUUGUUGAUGAGGGCGUCGACAUGAGGAACUAUACAUAUGCGGUAUUUGGGAAGGCGAUUCUGGCACAGCCGGGCCAUGUUGCGUUUCAGGUAUGGGACGCCGAUAUGGUGCCUUGGUUACGAGCGGAGGAGUACCGGGAGGAGAUUGUCGAGAGGAUUACAGGGGAUACAUUGGAAGAGCUGGCUGAUCAAUGUGCUAAGCGUGGAUUACGAAAUCCAAACCAGUUUUUGGAUACAAUUAGGGAGUAUAAUAAGGCUGUUGCGGCUUUUCGAGAUGAGAAUCCGAACCACAAGUGGGACCCAGCCAUCAAGGAUGGUCUAUCUACGCAGUCAAGCCGUAGGAAGCUGGCCCUGCCAAAGUCGAACUGGGCCACGCCGCUUACGCGGGGGCCGUAUCUUGCUGUUAAAGUGACCUGCGGUGUGACCUUUACUUUUGGCGGGUUAGCUGUCGACUAUGAAACUGGCGGUGUCAUCUCAUCGGCUACAGAUUCACCGGUGCCUGGGUUGUACUGUGCCGGUGAGAUGUUGGGUGGGCUGUUUUGGGAUAAUUAUCCUGGGGGAAGUGGUCUUACGUCCGGGGCCGUUUUUGGUCGAAGGGCCGGACGUGCAGCAGCAGCACACGCUCGUAAAUAG